AUGAGCUACUACGGCAACUACUAUGGUGGUCUGGGCUGGGGCAGUGGCUGGGGAUGUGGCAGCUACCCCCAACUGGGCUGGGGCAGUGGCUGGGGAUGUGGCAGCUACCCCCAACUGGGCUGGGGCAGUGGAGGCUAUGGAUACGGCUGCUCUCGCCCACUGUGCUAUGGAAGAUAUGGAUUCUCUAACUUCUACUGA